CUGGGGGACUGCAGCCUCCCGCACCACAGAGGGCACCCCGCUCACCCCCAGGUGUCCUGGGCCGUCUGCUCUGGACACUGCCGGAAGACAGAGCCUUGCCUUACUGGCCCGCGUUGCUGGGACAGAUUUCUGAGCUCAGCUCCGACAGGGAUCAGAUUUAUGGCCGGGUUUAUUUAAAGGAGGAAGCAGCAAUAAAGCGCGGCACCCAGGGAGUGAGGAGUGAGAGCCCCGCAGGAGACAGUGAGCAGAUAAACAUGCCAGCAGCCAGAUCCUUCCGUGAUGAUAAACGGUUUCCUCCAGCCACCAGUGCGGGGUCACGCCUCUCGCUGGCCGGAACCAGUGGCCCAUCCGAAGCCACGGGCAGGACGGCCCCGGGCGGGCGCUCCCACGCCGGGACACAGCGGCUGCGGAAUAUGAAAAGAAUGUUUGGAGCCUCCCUACAAAGGAAUAAGAAGAUUAAGGGAUUUAGAGGAGACCUCGGGGACAGACACAGCAGUCCGGGAAAGUAAAAUCUCUUGCUCACAGAGAGCCAACAGACAGCCAAGGAGUGGGGAGCCCUGUGAGGUCUGAGCUUACCCUGGCAGCCUCAUUUGGGGAUUUCAAAGUCGGCUCUCAUGGGAUGGUGAUGACAGCAAAGACAGGACAGGCCGCCCCGGGCCCGCCGCACCCUCUCCUUGCUGCCCGCCGCAGCGGGAAACAAAGCGGUGAGAUGGGCCGUCCGUCCAGCUCUGGCCUCUCUCUUCUGGAUGCACAGCCGAUCUGCACACCCGUCUUACUUGCACUUAGUGUGGCCGUGGCCUGAGCAUGGAAACGCCCCAGGCCUGGCCGUCAGCAACUCUGCGGGGGCAUCUGGAGGAAGAUUCUGAAGCUCCAAGAGGACCACAAGCCAGAAGGAGGCUGGGUCUCCGAAUGAACUCCUGGAGUAGACUCUGCCCGCAGUUCCUGCUGCUGACCUGCACUGAACUGGAAAUAAACCUUUAAUGUGCGAAGCCAUGAACGUUUGGGUCAUGAAUGGCAACAGUCAUCUCACGGCUCUGAGCUGAUGGUCAUGGCCACAGUCAGCCAAGUUCUCAUCUGGGGAAACAAAGCCCCUCGUUGUCGGGGGCAGGUGCACCUCAAUGGUCCAAGGUCACCGUCCAGGACCCAAGGAGGUGAGCCCCAGAGCCCCCAACUCUGACCCCUCAUUGAGGAGAAGUCGAGAUUCAGAAACAUGGGAGGAACACCCCAGGUUGCCGGCUGGUAAUUCUGGGGAGCAGGGACUUGAACCACCGUCUUGGCCUCCAGAGCCCGUGCUCCGUGACCACUUCGCAAUCCUGGGGAACUGGAGGCGCAGCCGUGAGCGUCCCGGCUCCGUGCAGCCCUCGGGGGCCGGCCUCCGUCUUCCCCGGCCUGGGGUCUCUUGGGGACGACCCCACUCGCACACAGCUGGGUCGCCCCUGAGUCCGUGGCUGGCCAGUGCGGUGGGGUUUGCUGUCAGACCUGCCCCCCAGGGUCACACCUCUGCCCUGUCCAGAUGCACCUCAGGCUCCCCGGCUGCGGCCGGCUUGCUCAAGGGGGGCAUGUGUUGGAUGGAGAGUCAGGAGCGGGGAUCCGGCCCCUGGAGGGACUCUGUUCACCCAGUCCCUGCCUCUCCCGCUGGCCACCGCCGGGCCUUCCUCUAUGUGGCAGCGGCACCCACCCCAUCCCUACCUCACAGCCCUUCUGCCCGGAACUUUCUUCCCAGCUUCCUCCAGACGCCCCCCGCCGGCCUCUGCUCUGUCACUUCCGAGAGGCCUCCCUCCGACAUCAUUUUGCCACCCUCAGAGCGGGUGGGAUUGGGGUUUUGGACAGAAAGAGAAGACCCUACUGACCUCCCCAGGCCCCCGGCAGGUCCGGUCCUCACGUCGAGCAGAAACAAGGCAGUCAGCACCCAGACUCCAGAGCCUCCUGCGUCCCGCGGAGGCGGGCAGACCUUCCCUGCACAGGCUCAUGUCCCUGGGAGCCCGUCCUUGCCCCCCAGCACCUGGGGAAGUGUCUCUUCUUCUGGGGGAGUGUCCCCACGGCCUCCCUGUCAUCCGCCUCCCCCCAGGCACGCUCGCCCUCCGCUCUCGCCCCAGCCUGCCUCUGUGGGUCCCUUGCGCCCGCAGCUCCACAGGGCGGCCUCCUUCCCAGCCACCCGGUCCGGACGUACGUGUGAGCCCGCGGAGAUGCUACCCUGGCAGCCUCUCCUUCGGGCUUUCCUGCUCUUCGCCACUCUGCCUCCCCCAUCACACCCUGCUGCAGGCCUCCUGUUUACGUGUGGACAGGACUCUGAGGGGGGUCGGAGUGGAUUGAAGGGCGGUGACCCCCCAAAGAACAGUCCUCAUCCUAAGCCCCGUAACCUGCGGGUAAGGCCUUAUGGGGGAAAAGGUCUUUGCAGGUAUGACUCACCUAAGAACAGAGAGCUGACUCCUCCUGGAUGUUUGGGGGGACGGUGUUAAAUCCAAAGACUGUGUCCUUACAAGGGAAAGGAGGGGGGCCGAGGACGGGCCAUGUGACCACGGAGACAGAGGCUGGGGGGGGGUACUCCUGGGGCCCCAGAGGCUGGAAGAGGCAGGAAGGACCC